UAUCUUGGAGCAAUUCAGAAAGUCUCACUGUUAUAUAUUUCUUGAUGACCUGAGAAUGAAAUGAAUGGUAGUCCCAGAAAGUUCUAUACUUGAGAGCAAGGUUCAAGGCUCAAGCAGUUACUGAUAUAAUCAGACUCUCUAUAAUCAUCUCCUUACUAAGCAUCCAGAAAUUUAAAAUUUACCUUGGCUGAGUCUCAGGAUGGAUUUUUGGUGACAUGUAGAAAAGGGGUUGAUGGAGGCACCCCAUGCUGGGGGAGAACUGGUCAUAUAGCCAAUACCAUAUGGAUCUGAUUUCUUUCUGAAUUGAGCUGGCAAGAGUAACGUGUCAGAUAUAAGAGGUGUGGAUUUGCAAGCUAUGGCAAAGAAGAAUCCCUAGCGUUAACUGUUAACCUAAAGAUUCUUCUCUGGCUUAAAAGCAACCACGCUAGUCGGAUUUCACUUCAGUUGCUUCAUCUGUAAAAUGAUGAGAAUAAUGAGUAUCUGCUUAAUUAGAUUGCCACAAGGAGGAAAUGAAAUACUGUCUAUAAAGUGCUCAGCAUAGUGCUUGACAUAUAAUGUUAAAUCAGUGGUAACUAUUGUUCUAUUUCUUUAAAAACAAAGUGUUGAGAAUUGGGAUUCCCUACAAAAAGUGAAAGUGAAAGUAGUUUCCUAAAUAAAACAGAGAAGGUCAGCCUCUGUUACUUUCGUUUCCUCUUCCCCAGGAAAGUCUGCCUCUGCCAACACGUAUGUGUAUAUUACGUGAGUAUAUAUGUCUGUGUCUCUCCUCCCGCACCAUACCCCCAACUCCAAACAAAGGAGGUAUGGAGGAAGAGGAAAAGGCAGAAGAGUGCUUCUGAGAAAGGGGAAGCUGUGGUUUUAAAUAAAACCUGGGCUGAGGAGAGAGACUGCAUUACUUGGAUAGGUUUCUGAAUCUUUGUGCCAAGAACUGCUACUAAGUAUAGAAGAUUAGGAUCAUUUGGUCACCCAUGGUAUGUGAGAUAUAACCGCUGCUGGGAAGAUGAGACUGUGGGCUUGUCAGUAUGUUGAGAAAAAUCACUUGUCUUUGGAACUGAUUUCAUUCAUAAACAUAUGGUUGCAAGUUCUAUGAAAUAUUGCAGAUUUUCCUUUGGCUUGAGGGAGAAUAAAUGGCUUGGAGUUAACAUAGUCUAUUUAAAAACAAAGCUAUAUAUAUAUAAAUCAAAGCCUUAGGUAGAGUAUGUAACAGUCUUACUGAAACGUCGAUCAUCUGUAUUUGGCCUGAGUAAAAGUUAGCCUGAACUCCUCAUGAUCAGACUGUUUACUUGCUGUGUGCUGUGUUUUCUCUCCCUGCCCUUCUUCUAAAGCCUUCUUAGCUGGACUCCUUGCUGUUUGCUUUAUUCUUUCACUCUGUGUUGUGAGUUAUCCUAUGCAUUUUCUAUCUAGGGUGAUAAGUAGUUCGCCUGUAGGAAAUGUACUUGUAUGUUCCGUUGUUUGGACAAAGCUUCCCUCUCUUUAAGGUUGGUCUGAUUUAGAGAUUGCAGUCUGAUGUAACAGAAAUGUGUUCUAUAAGAAUUUUGCUAUAUGCUAGGGAAUUUCUAGAAGAUGUAAGAUCAUUUAGUAUCUAUAUUUUGAUGCCAACCUUAAACAUAGAAAAGCAAGGUUUAGCACCCAAAUGAUCUGAAAUAACCUCUGACUACUGUUUAUGUUCCCAUUUGAAAACUGUUUAGUAUUUAUGCUUUAAAAUUUUUGUACAAUUUACUCUGUGCUGACACAUAGUAAGCCUCUUGUAAAUAUUUCUUAAUUGAACAAAUGAAUAGAGUUAUAUAAUCUGGGACAACAGUCUGAGAACUGAUUAAGGUCUGGGUUUAAUGUAAUAGCAGGGAGGGGUGGUAGGGUAGAGGACAGGUUGGAAAGGUGAAAAGCAACAACAGGGUCAGCGAAGUGAAGCUGAGGGGUGUCGGGUGGGGCAGGGGUUUAGGGGUAUGCUUUCCAGCUUCUAACACCUAUGGUGAAAACAUGUUUGUCUUGUUUUCCAAUCUGCCAGGACCAAUGCUUUUAUAAAAUUCAAUACCAAUGAAUUACUAGAAAAAAUGAUCCUGUCAUAUAAAGAUUUCUAAGUGCCUACUUUCUUUUUCUGUACACAUCUCAUCCUGGACCAGUAAAAAGCAGCUCAGUGACCGACAACAGGCUGUAAAACACAUCAUCAGGUUUCAAGAUGCUGCGAGUGUCCAGAACCAAACUGGGCAGGCUGAGCCCCAGCCUCUCCAGAGGGCUUCACCACAAGGCAGUGAUGGCCUUGAGGCGGGAGGAUGUGAAUGCCUGGGAAAGGCGGGCUCCUCUGGCUCCCCGGCACGUCAAAGGGAUCACCAACCUGGGAUACAAGGUCUUAAUACAGCCUUCCAAUCGGCGAGCCAUUCACGAUAAGGAAUAUGUCAAAGCUGGUGGCAUUCUCCAGGAGGAUAUUUCUGAAGCUUGUCUAAUUUUGGGAGUUAAAAGACCACCAGAGGAAAAAUUAAUGCCCAAGAAGACUUAUGCAUUCUUCUCCCACACAAUAAAGGCUCAGGAGGCCAAUAUGGGUUUGCUGGAUGAGAUCCUAAAACAGGAAAUCCGACUUAUUGAUUAUGAGAAAAUGGUGGAUCAUAGAGGAAUACGGGUGGUGGCAUUUGGACAGUGGGCAGGUGUGGCAGGGAUGAUCAACAUUCUUCAUGGGAUGGGUUUAAGGCUCCUUGCUUUGGGACAUCACACACCUUUUAUGCACAUUGGCAUGGCUCAUAACUACAGGAACAGUGGUCAGGCUGUGCAAGCUGUCCGCGAUGCUGGCUAUGAAAUAUCUCUGGGUUUGAUGCCGAAGUCAAUAGGGCCCUUAACAUUUGUGUUCACAGGGACUGGUAACGUAUCUAAGGGAGCCCAAGAAAUCUUCAAUGAAUUACCUUGUGAGUAUGUGGAGCCACAUGAAUUAAAAGAAGUUUCCCAAAAUGGAGACCUGAGAAAAGUGUACGGAACAGUGUUAAGUCGCCAUCAUCAUCUUGUCAGGAAAACAGAUGGUGUAUAUGACCCUGUGGAGUAUGACAAAUACCCCGAGCGCUACAUUAGCCGUUUUAAUACUGAUAUUGCACCCUAUACAACUUGUUUAAUUAACGGGAUCUACUGGGAACAGAACACCCCUCGUCUACUCACCCGCCAAGAUGCUCAGAGUCUCCUGGCUCCAGGCAAGUCCCCAGUUGCUGGUGUUGAAGGCUGCCCUGCAUUGCCACACAAACUUGUGGCAAUCUGUGAUAUUUCAGCUGACACAGGAGGAUCCAUUGAGUUUAUGACUGAGUGUACAACCAUAGAGCGUCCCUUUUGCAUGUAUGAUGCAGAUCAGCAUAUUAUUCAUGACAGUGUGGAAGGCUCUGGGAUUCUGAUGUGUUCCAUUGACAAUUUGCCAGCACAGCUUCCAAUUGAAUCUACAGAAUACUUUGGAGACAUGCUUUACCCUUAUGUUGAAGAAAUGAUACUAUCAGAUGCGACACAGCCUCUUGAAAGUCAGAAUUUUUCUCCUGUGGUGCGAGAUGCAGUGAUUACAUCUAACGGCAUGUUGUCUAACAAGUAUAAAUAUAUCCAGAAACUCCGAGAGAACAGGGAACGUGCUCAGUCACUUUCAAUGGGCACCAAGAAAAAGGUCUUGGUUCUUGGAUCUGGUUACGUAUCUGAGCCUGUAUUGGAAUACCUGUCGAGAGAUGACAGUAUUGAAAUAACAGUAGGUUCUGACAUGAAGAAUCAAAUUGAACAAUUAGGCAAGAAAUAUAAUAUUAAUUCUGUUAGCCUGCACAUUGGUAAACAAGAAGAGAAGUUGAGCUCCUUGGUGGCAACACAGGAUCUUGUCAUCAGCUUAUUGCCUUAUGUAUUGCAUCCUCUUGUGGCCAAGGCAUGCAUCGCAAGCAAAGUUAACAUGAUCACUGCAAGCUACAUCACCCCAGCGCUAAAAGAAUUAGAAAAGAGUGUGGAAGAUGCUGGCAUCACAGUCAUUGGCGAAUUGGGAUUGGACCCUGGUCUUGAUCAUAUGUUGGCAAUGGAAACAAUAGAUAAGGCCAAAGAAGUGGGAGCCACGAUUGAAUCUUAUGUUUCCUACUGCGGUGGCCUUCCAGCUCCUGAAUAUUCAGACAAUCCUUUGAGAUACAAAUUUAGCUGGAGUCCAGUGGGAGUUCUGAUGAAUAUAAUGCAGCCUGCUACCUACCUGCUCAAUGGAAAGGUUGUGAACGCUGUAGGAGGUGUCUCCUUUCUGGAUUCAGUCACUCCCAUGGAUUAUUUCCCUGGAUUAAAUUUGGAAGGUUAUCCUAACAGAGACAGUACGAAGUAUGCUGAGAUUUAUGGCAUUCCAUCUGCUCACACUUUAUUACGAGGGACACUGAGGUACAAGGGGUAUGCCAAAGCUUUGAGUGGAUUUGUGAAGCUGGGUCUCAUAAACAGAGAUGUGUUUCCUGCCCUUCAACCUGAUGCCAAUCCGCUCACCUGGAAAGAACUCCUCUGUGAUCUAGUUGGGAUUUCAUCCUCUUCCAAAUGUGAUGUGCUUAAGGAAGCUGUCUUUAAGAAACUGGGAGGAGACACAACCCAGCUGGAGGCUCUCGAAUGGUUGGGCCUACUCGGGGAUGAACAAGUCCCUCAGGCUGAGUCUCUCGUGGAUGCCCUCUCCAAGCAUCUGGCCGUGAAACUUUCCUAUGGUCCUGGAGAGAAAGAUAUGAUUGUGAUGAGAGACAGCUUUGGAAUCAGACAUCCUUCUGGACAUUUAGAAAAUAAAACUAUUGAUCUUGUGGUUUAUGGGGAUGUCAAUGGUUUUUCAGCCAUGGCUAAAACUGUGGGGUUACCCACUGCUAUGGCAGCCAAGAUGUUACUUGAUGGUGAAAUUCAAGCUAAAGGCCUGAUGGGACCCUUUUCAAAGGAGAUCUAUGGACCAAUAUUGGAGCGAAUUAAAGCAGAAGGCAUUAUGUAUACUACACAGAGCACAAUCAAACUAUAAUUGAGAAUUAUAUUUUAUCUUCCCAGCCAACACAGCUCUGAACUUCUGUGCAGUAAACAUGCUUGUUAAUGUGAUAUUUUAAAACAUGAAGCAUGAUAUGCUUUGAUAUGUCAAUACAAUGGUGAUUUUGAAAUAUAAAUCUCUAUUUUAAUAUGAAAACAUUUGUUAUAAGAAAUGCCAGUAAUUAUCAGAGCUUUAAUAAUUCUAUCAUGUAUUUUUUAAUAUGUAUGUAAAAGUGAUAAGGCUUGUACCUCUUGUUAACUUAUUAUGCAACUUUUUUUCUUACAAGAAUAUAUUUUCCUAUAAUUAGCAGAUGAAGUUUUAUCUUUUUAGUAAGAAGAAGAUUUCUUCACACAGCUUUACUUUUGUUUUGCUUUUGUUUUUCAGACAGAUUCAGCUGGAUGUUUCUAGAUUACCUGUCUACAAGCUUUUGCAAUAAUGCUAUUUGUGCCUUUUUGUAAAAUUAUGAUUUAAGAAAGUGACAUUUCUGAUAGUUUCCUCUUUAAUGUUUAGAAAAGGAAUAGGUAAGAUGAAAUCAAAAUCUACAGGAUCAGCUCAUUAGGCACAGGAAAAGAAUCUAACAAAUCCAACAUCCUUUUGUGAUAAAAAACACUCAACAAACUAGGAAUAGAGGGAAUUCUUUAACCUGAUAAAGCGUACCUAUGAAAAACCCAGAGCUAAUAUCGUACUCAAGGAUGAAAGACUGACAGAUUCUCCCCUGAAAUCAGGGACAAGACAGAGAUGUACACUCAUGCCAUUUCUAUUCAGCUUGUACUGGAAGGUCUAGAUGGGGUAAUUAGGCAAGAAAAUGAAA